AUGACGUCACCUAAUGUACCAAUAUCUAGUAGAGACGAUUCAAAUAAUUUUUAUUCUGAAUUUGAUCUAAAAAAAAUAAUUGGAGAAGGCACGUUUUCUGUUGUAUGGUUAUGUGUGCAACGAAGCAGCGGACAAGAAUAUGCGGCAAAAGUAUUGAAAGAAAAAUAUGAAUAUGGCGCUGACGCAGUGGACGCUGACAAAUGGAACGCUUUAUCAGAAGUUAAUGUAUUAAACUCGGUGGCAAAACAUCCGUUCUUAAUUAUGCUAAAAAGGGCAUACCACGAAAAAGAAAACGGAGAAAUUAUUUUAGUAACAGAAUUAAUGAAAAAAACAUUAUACGAUAUUAUAGAAAACGGAGAAUGUCCACUAUCAGAAUAUAGAAUUAAAACUUAUAUGUAUCAAAUGUUGGAAGGCUUAAGGUAUUUGCACGAGAAUGGCUUUAUCCAUAGGGAUAUCAAGUCAGAAAAUAUUUUUCUGAGAUACAAUUUAUUAAAGAUCGGUGAUUUUGGAACCACAUGUCAUUCCAUUUAUGGCCAUCAGUACAUAGAAUACGUGGCAACUAGAUGGUACCGCUCACCUGAAUGUUUGUUAACAAAAGGUUGGUACAAUUCAAAAAUGGAUAUUUGGGCAACGGGAUGUGUACUUUAUGAAAUAGCUACCGGUCAUCCGUUGUUCGAUGGUCGAGACGAAAAUGAACAAAUUGAAAAGAUUGACCGGGUAUUAGGCUCUCCAGACCAAAGACUAACUAAUAAAUUUAAAAAAUAUAAAUCUGAUGUGUUCGUUGCACGAUAUGAAACUAAUAAACGAAAUGACAGAACCGCUGGAGUUGGACUGCAUUCAGUGUACCAACCAUACCGCCCGGAAUAUGAUUUAAUUAUAGAUAUGAUAGUUUAUGAUCCAACCAAGAGGUAUUCGGCGAAUCGAUUACUACGAAAGUCAUACUUUUCUGAGAUGAAAGAUACGGUGUAUGGAUAUAAAAUGAGAGAUUUUGAAAAAUUGCUGAGAAAUAAACCAAUAAUUAACUUAUCCGAGAUAGAGCAAAAAUCGAACACAUCAUUAAACAAGCAGUCUUCGAUACUCAAAAAGCAAGGUCCUGGUGGAGAUUUUACACUCAAUUUGCAGACACUUUCGGUGGAUGCUGAAACAUUUGAUAAAUUAUCUACAGACAUAAUUCAGAAAAUUGAUAAACCUAAAUUGGAUAAAAGGAAAAUUAAUUCAAAUAAACAAUUAUGUUCAAAGACUAAUAUAAAAAAAUCUAUAAUUAUCCCAGAACCUGAAAAUAUACUCCAUGGAAAUCGAAAACAAAAUACACGUAAUAUAAUACGUUCAAAGGACAAUACAAAAAAUAUUUCUUUGUCAAAACAAAUGUUGACGGAAUCAGUAUCGCAGUUAAACAAAGGCUCAGUAAUAAAAAUUGUUAAAAAUAAAUGUGUCAACCGUCCUCCGUUUAAAUGA